AUGUCCUUAUAUCUGUCAGUGGAGGAGCCAAAUAAGCUUGGAGACGAUGAGAGGAUCGUGGUUGACUACAAGUUUUUCGCAUUCAACUACAAGAAAUGGAACUACGUCAUCUUCACAGAGAAAGGGAAGAAACUGAGGGAAUUCAGUAAAGCAACGACCAAAUUGGGGCUUCCUAAGUUCCUUUCCUUGAAAAAUUUCAACGAUCCUGAAAAUGAAUACUGCAAGGACGACCAUUGCAUAUUUGGGGCUGAGGUUAUGGUCAGCAAAAGUAAGAGGAAAAUGGAGACCCUCACCAUCGUCAAGGAUCCGCCUCAAAACACAAAAACUUGCGAUAUCCAACAGUUCUCCACAUUGAGCAAGCACCCUCAGUAUUCCAAGGCCUUUAAAGUCGGAGAGAGGGAGUGGAAGUUAAAGGUGUUUCGCCAGCGCAAUGGGGCGCAGCAGGGGAAGUGGCUGUCCGUUUACUUACAAGCGCAGGGCCUUCGUCCGAGGAUUAAAAUGUAUGUAGAAGCCAAAUUGCGGGUGUUGAACAAAAAAGACACUAAUAACUAUAAGGAAGAAACAGUUAGUGGUUGGCUCUCUGACAAAAAUUGCAACUGCGGUCGCUCAAAAUUUAUGCUGUGGGAAGAUCUCGCGAAAGCGGAUGGUGGCUUCGUUAACAAGAAAGAACUGGCGUUUGUAGUCAAAAUCCUCGUCAUAUCAAAUGUUGAGAGAAGUGAUGAAUCGGUUUUGAUGACUUAG